CAACAAGUCAUCGAUUCGACCGACUGCUUUAUGAUUCCCGUCGUGUUAACGGCCGACACCCCAGAAAGAUGCCGCAGAAAGCACUGGGAUCCAUUGUAGGUCUUCUUUGUACCGGGACCUGUCUGGUGCAGGGGAAGGAGUUCUGUUUCGGGGUAAACAAUGAGCAGUACCGCUGUGAGAUGGGGUACUGCUGUGGAGAGACAGAGUGCUGCACCUACUACUACGAGCUUUGGUGGUUUUGGUUGGUAUGGACCCUGAUCAUCAUGCUUAGCUGCUGCUGUGCUUACCGACACCGGAGGGUUAAGAUGCGUCUUCAGCAGGAGCAGCGUCAACGUGAGAUCAGCCUCAUGGCCUACCAGGGAGCCUCCAGCUCCUUCAUUUCCCCUCCACCGCUCAAUCUAAGGUUCUGGAACGACUGCAAGCUUCCCGACUAUGAAGAGGUGGUAGGUCACCCCCCGACACCACCUCCUCCUUACUCUGAAAACCCCCCUGAGACCACUCCAGCACUCUCUCAACAAGUGACCCAGCCAGACGCCACGGUGCCACAACCCCUCCAGCCCGCGGCAGCCCAGAGAGUGGACAAUCACGCCUCAUGCUCAUCACCAGACCGGGAGGCGGUGUCCGUGUCGGUCCAAGCACAAUGUGUGGCAGAGGAGAACGAGGAGGCUUCGCUGAUGGCGGCGGCGGAGGAGGAGGAGGAGGAUGAGGAGCUUAUCACUCGCCGUCGCCACGUGACCGGCGACUCAGGGAUCGAGGUGUGCGUUUGCCAGCUGGACGUAGACGAGGGCUCGGGGCUUGAGGAGGAAAGCGACGAGGAGCACCGGAUGUGCAAGGUUACCGGUCAGGACUGCUGCUCCGGGCACCGGCAGCAGACCUUCAGACAGAAGGAGCACACCUCUGAGCUGCCCAGCCAGACCGCCAGCACCAGCGCCGGAGACCACAUGGUGUGAUCCACAGUGUAACGAACUAACCAGCCAACCAGCGCGGCUUUCUGCUUCACGUAGGGUGAUACAAGAUAUCGGUUGCCAUCAUCAUCACCACCACAGAGACUGUUUGUGUUUUAAUUCUUCGAACUAACACACAGGCAUGACGUUAGGAUGAUGAUGAUGAUGAUGAUGAUGAUAACUAAUCCCUAAUGGCUCCUGAUUAGGAAAGAUGAAUAACACAUAGUGUGGACAAACUCGUGGCUUUUUUCUUUUGCUUUGCUUUUCUUUAGUGGGGAAACCAGCAAACACACGUGCAUGCUCCAUUUGGUAUGUUUCUUUUCUUAGUGUUAAAUGAGAGAACGUCAUCGGGUAGUGAGACGGCAGCAAUCGAUUGUGACUGAAAGCAGAAUUGACUGUGUCCCUCGCUCCUACCCACUCUCCUCGUGCACCGCCAUCAUGUUUCCGUCUCGCCGCUCUCCUUGGUCAGAACAUUUCCGGCCAUCCUUUCAUCUGACAUUUUGCCUCCGGUGGGCUGGUCUAGCUAGGAGCAUACCAACACAGUCAACAACAUUUCUCCCUUUGUCCGUUCUGAGACUCUGAAGCAGAGAAGUGAAAAAACAAACCACUUGAAAACGGGAUGAACCGACAAGAGCACGCAUUUGGUUUUCCCCCAAAAGCUGUGUGUGCGUAAGAGUUUGUGUGUGUGUGCUGUGAAAACUAGGCCACAGCUGCAUGAUGAUGUCAGCUCUGAGGUCAUGGCAACCAGCGUUUGGUGUUAAGUCUGUGGGACUUUUCACAUCUAGAGAGGGGGAGAUUACACUCACACACAGCAGUGGAGAGACACAAGAAGGAGACCCACACACCCCCUCAGCCCCUUUUUCCUUUUCCAUAUUAUAGUAGUCACCAAUUAGCAUGACUAGGUAAGGAGCGACCAGCUUUUAAUGAUUUAUUGAUUGUGUGCACAUCAUCUCCCUACUCCAGUUUCUGGCUGCAUUACAUUGAUAGUAAUAGCCAAGAGGGCUUUGCUGCCAUCUUUUUUUUAUAAAUAAAUAAAAAGCCUUGUGGUGGCUCUGUGUUAGCGUGUUUUAUUUACUAUGUUAUGUCUGAGUGAGUAGCACCUUUUCUCUCAUUCUAAACAUUAGUAUAUAUAGUUAGGAUGUUCCUAUUGAAGGAUGUGCUUGCUUUUCUUUUCCCAUUUGAUAACCAGCUAUGCUUCAUUAAAUGCCGCAGGUGUCACUAUUAAUUGCAACAAAGCUCUGUGAUGGGGGCUGCUGGAGUGUGUGCUAGUGAGUGGAUGUUCUCGUGCAGUAGGGACGGGUUGAGUCUUGUGAUCGAGUUGUGUUUGUAUAGCUUUAUAGUGCGGAAGCAUCUGGUUGUAAUACUUGCUCAGCACUGAGGUGGAUUAACUAUUAAAAGCACUGGUAUUUUGCAUGAGGCAUGAAUUUAUGUGUUUUAUAUUUGAGUUAAUUAGUAUUUUCUAGCAGUUUUGCUACUUGCUUCGCUCAUCUGUUUGUCAAAAUGAUAAUGGGCUACAGUGGCUACAUAACUGUGCACUCAGAUGUUGGGGUUGAGAAAUGGUUUGACAGUGGUUUAAGUUUAGAUGCCCUGUAUAGAGUUUUAUUGUGUUGUUCUGACUGUGUGAGCCAUGCUAUGCUGUUGUGCAGUGCUGGUAGCUAGUUAGCUGGUGCUGUCUCCGCACUCAGCGGCCCCGGUAGCUCUUUGCAGUGUGAGAGAUUUGCAGUAGUAUUUUUCCAUUGGCAGCAAGUUGAGGUGGAUGCAGGCUCUGCUCUGCAGUCUAGUCCGUGUUGGCACAGUUAAUCUAUUGUGAUGAACAGCAUGCGUCUCUACGUUGCAUGUUGUUUCCCAAUAUACUGUACAGGAUGAAUUCAAAGCAUAGCAGUCAAACUGACCUGUUGUUGGAUAGGAAAACCACCGCAAAACAAAAUUGUGAUAUUUUCUUUUGUUGCAAGAUAAAAGUCUGUCCAUAGAGGAGUAGCCGAUAAGUCAGUACAUGUUUCUUUGGGGAUAUUUAGUUUGGCAUCAUUUCCAACAAGUUUUUAUUUGUCUACUCUGUUACUGUGUGUCAAAAUGGGCACAGUGUAAACACUCAGGUUAGUCCUUCUGCUUCACACGAGCACACGCGCUCACAAAGUACUGCUCCUGUUUGGCCUUCAUCGUUGUUCGGGUGUGUGUAACCUCCAUGGUGCAAUAUUCUGUUCUAGGUAAAUGCAUUAAAGGUAAAAAUGUCCUAGAAACAGUCUCUUGACUGAAUUGGCAGUUUAAACUUCCAGUUAUCACUUAACAGAUUCCAAACGUGUUGUGACUUUAUUUUGAAUAUAGCUGUUAAUCAUACAUUUCCAGCAGGCAAAGUGGGGAGUAAAUGCCUACAUUUCAUGCUUACCAGAUAUAUUUAUUCAGGUAUUAAAUUUAAUUGCCGUGUCCUUUUUUAUUUUCCGCACUAAAAGAACUCUGACGAGGACACAUUUCAGAGAUUCUUGGCCUCUCAACAAGACAUGACACUGUGCUCUGCACAUGAAUGCGUAUAAUUGUAGGGCCCGUGCUCCGUGGCACAUUGUUUCUACUAGCAGCAGCUCAGAGCUCUGCACGGGUUGUGUUUUAAGCAAGGCUAAAACAAUACAAGAGGGCCAGUGCACCAAAAAUAUAAAUAUAAAGUGAAACAAAAUGAAGUGCGUGGCUGCAUAAGGCUUUAAAUUGAAGAUCUAGUUUCGUGUUCAUUAACUAGGCCUAAUCAAACAUGCUGUGGCAAGGUUUGUGGUCAUUGUGUUGUCGAGCAGGUGCUUAAAUAUGAAGUCAAACUAACAUGACAACGACCUUUUCAGAGGAGCUGUUACACUGUGAGCAUGACUGCACACCCAUUAGCAGAAGUAAUAUAAGACAUUUUCUGACCAACACACCUCAAGCUACCUUGCUGCAUCUCUAGAGAGCAAAAUGUCUUGUUUAUGGAGCUGCGCAUUAAAAUAUAGCCUCUGUAUGCGAUGUGUGCUACUGCCUUAUUAGAGUAGAUGUGGUUUCCUUUCGAAUGGUAAAUAGUCGUGUUGUUCCAAGCAUGAUUGCUUCAGAGCAGAGUGCUUUCGAUAUCGAUAGAAGAAAAAGAAAAAAAGAAUCCGACCUUGUUCCAAGAAUGUGUGCUUGCUUUAUGAGAAGAGGAUGUGGUUUUAAAACAUUUAAAGCCACAAGAUUUAAAGUUCUGACUUUUACUUUUUGUAUCUUGAAGGGAGGACUUUAAAAUACCGUGUGUCUAGUUAGUUGGUUGUGGCACUCAUGGAAUUAGUCAAGACCAGAUUUUGAGUUUGCGCUCAUUCUGUUUGGUUCCUCGGAUCUGGUCGCAAUUAGCUUGUGAGAUGAAGUGUCUCGAAAGCAUGAAGAAAAUGAGGCAAAAAAAAUAAUGAUCUUUUUUGUUUUCUAUGGUUUCGUUGUGAUUCAUCCGAUUUGUGUUUUGUGUUUGGAGGGACGGAAAUGAACUCCCAACAAGAGAUUGCUUUGUAACCUUCUUGCUAAGGUGCAUUUAUACAUAUUUAGACAAAUAAUAGGAGGGAGGUGGGUUGGGUUGGGGGGAGGAGGGUUAGGAUAGGGGUUCUUUCAUGCAUGAGUGAAACUGGAGGUCCAUAGUUUUCCCAUUGCCAAACAACUACUAUGCCUCCAUGGUUUUCACAUACUUACCGAGGUUUAAGGGCUAUAUCAGUCAUCAAUCGUGGACAAACAUCCAUCCAUUUCACUGAGUGAUUCGUCUCCUCUGUGCUGUUCACUUAAAGCCACAGUUGCCGAGAUCCACUAUCUGAACAUGUUUUGGGUUUGGAUGUUCUUUAAAUGUUGUGGUGGGGCUCAUAUUUAACAAUAGCUGAUUGUAUAUGACCGUAUGUUCGUUUUUUUUAUAGGCUUUAACUUUGCCUUUUUGUUUUGUCAACGGAGGUGCGUGAUGCGACAUCCCUCCCCGCCCAAUGAGAAUGAUUCUCUUUCUUCUGUAACUAUCUGCAUGUGUGAUUUUUUUUUUUACUUUGCUCCUUUUGGCUCUUUUGUGGACCACCAGCCUCUGUCUUGGUAACAGAAACCGUAGCCAUCCACCCAUGCAGAAGUGUCGAUAACAUAAUUUACCAAAGCCGCUGCCAUCUCCAUGCUACACAGAUCGUCACUGUUCUCACCUUUGUGUGUGUGUGUGUGUGUGUGUGUGUGUGUGUGUGUGUGUGUGUGUGUGUGUGUGUGUGUGUGUGUGUGUGUGUGUGUGUGUGUGUGUGUGUGUGUGUGUGGGGUUGGUUAUCGUGACGAUUUGGUUUCCCACUCUCAGGGUUUAUCGUUUAAAAAGCAGUGCUAGAGUUUUAAAUUAAAAACCUUUUUUUUUUUGUUGACCCACCAGUCUCAUUAAGCCAAAGCAGUUAUUUCCCGAUAAUUAUUUCCCCAUUGUUGUCUAAUGUUUUUUUCUUUCUGCAUCACGCAUCUCUGUAGUCUAUUGUACUUUACUCAACUAGGCUAUGCAAAAACAUAAACCUACUGUUAUAUGCUGCGACCCCUUUCUCACUUCCUGUCAUUUGUCUGUGGGCACCAGUACAAGCAAUAUAACUGAGUGCUUGUGGCACUGCACUGUACUCUUCUUUGGUUGGUGUGUGUGUGUACAUGUAUUUGUUUAAGAAAACUUGUAAAAACAACUUGUAAUGCUACUGCAAUGAUGUGGUGAGAAUGUAUGCUUCAGUGUGAGGGGCUUGAGUUAAAAAGCCAUUCUAGUGUUACUAGAAUAUAUAAUUUUUGCCUGCCUUCUCAACCACCAACACUUUCUACUUCUGGCUUACAGACACAACACAUUAUUAAAAUGUUAAAGCCAGAGAAGAAAAAAAAAAGAAUAUAUUGUUUUUGUUGGAAUAAGUCAUGAUAUAUCUUUAAUCUGUUUUUUCCAUCUCUCAUUUUUGUUGCAUUAAUUCGAUGCGUUGGUUUUCUCAGUUAGAGCAACAGCUUUCUUCUUUCUCCAUCUUGAUUUAAAUUUCACUGACUAUAAUCCUCAGUUAUUACAACACCAUUAAUUUCAAAAGUUUUAUAUAUUAAACACAUGAAAGACCUCGACCCGGAACACAAUCGGCUUACAUUACACCAGGACACAUUCGGCCGAUACAGGAACGCUCUGAACUUAGUCGUUGUUUCUAUCCAACAACUUGUAAACGACUUUGUUCUCAACCAUUAUACUAAACAGAUGGAGGGGUUUUUUUUGUUGCCAAAUAUGAGAAAGUUUGAGAAGGAAGCAGGCGUCUACAAACACACAACAGACUCAUCAACUUUAAAGAAGCUAAAAUGAGUAAAGUAGAAAGAGGGAAAGAAUUAUAGCUCUACAUGAUAACAAUGCUUUGGAUUUAGUAAGAAGUCUGCUGUGUACUUGUUGGGUCAUCAUUUGUAAUUUUAUUUUUUUAAUAAAACAAAGAUUGGCACUCAA